CCCGGCGCAGAGAAGUUUUGUUAAAUAGACACAUCGCCGCGACCCUCCCGGGAGACGCCCGGCGGGAGUCCCAGCGACAGGACCAUGGCGGGAGGGGAAGACCGCGGCGGGGACGGGGAUCCGGUAUCGGUGGUGACCGUGCGGGUGCAGUACUUGGAGGAUACCGACCCUUUCGCUUGUGCCAACUUCCCAGAGCCACGACGGGCCCCCACCUGCAGCCUGGACGGGGCGCUGCCUUUGAGCGCUCAGAUUCCCGCGCUGCACCGUCUGCUGGGGGCGCCGCUCAAGCUAGAGGACUGUGCCCUGCAAGUGUCUCCCUCUGGAUUUUACCUGGACCCUGAGCUGUCCCUGGAAGAGCAGCGGGAGAUGUUGGAGGGCUUCUAUGAAGAGAUCAGCAAAGGACGGAAGCCUACACUGAUCCUGCGGACCCAGCUCUCCGUGAGGGUCAAUGCCAUCUUGGAGAAGCUGUAUGGCUCUAGUGGCCCUGAGCUCCGUCGCUCCCUCUUCUCACUGAAGCAGAUCUUCCAGGAGGACAAAGACCUGGUGCCGGAAUUCGUACAUUCAGAAGGGCUGAGUUGCCUGAUCCGCGUGGGUGCUGCUGCUGACCACAACUACCAGAGUUACAUCCUCCGAGCACUGGGCCAGCUGAUGCUCUUUGUAGAUGGGAUGCUGGGAGUGGUGGCCCACAGUGAAACCGUGCAGUGGCUCUACACACUGUGUGCUAGUCCGUCCCGCUUGGUGGUGAAGACAGCCCUGAAACUGCUGCUGGUGUUUGUGGAAUACUCAGAGAACAAUGCACCGCUGUUCAUCCGGGCAGUCAAUUCUGUGGCCAGCUCCAAUGGCACUCUCCCGUGGGCCAAUCUGAUGUCCAUCCUGCAGGAGAAAAAUGGUGCCGACCCUGAAUUGUUGGUGUACACAGUCACGCUCAUCAACAAGACACUGGCGGCACUUCCAGAUCAGGACUCCUUCUACGACGUGACAGAUGCCCUGGAACAGCAGGGCAUGGAGGCCCUGGUCCACCGCCACCUGAACACUGCAGGCACCGAUGUGGACCUGCGUGCACAGCUUGUCUUGUAUGAGAGUGCCCUUCGGAUGGAGGAUGGAGAUACAGAGGAAGCAACAGCUUCCAUCCCUAGUGGUGGGCGACGGGAGCGCCGAAAGCCUUCAUCAGAAGAGGGCAAAAGGAGUCGCAGAUCCCUGGAAGGUGGGGGCGGCCUUGUGCGAUCCCCUGAGUCUGGCCCUACAGGCCCCGCCUCACCGACUGGCCCCACUUACAGCCCUCCAGCUCCCACCUUGCUGAUUGGUCCCACCUCCAGACCUGCAGGCCCCGCCUCACCGACAGGCCCCACCUCCAGCUCUUCUGUUUCUACAUCUCCGAUGGAAUCACCCUUAAGAUCUGCCUCCAGUCCCUCAGGCCUGGUCUCCAGUCCUGGAGUUCCCACCUCACCCAUAGGCCCUGCCUCACCAACCAGCCCCAGCCGUUCCCCAGUUCCUGGCUCCAGACCCUUGAGCCCUCCCUGCAGCCUCCAAACUUCGCUAAACUUCUUUCCUAUCAUCUCAGCUGACAGCUCCUGCGAGAGGAGCAUCUAUAAACUUCACCAAACUGCUCCCAUUUGGGCCCCUGAGCACCCACCUGUCCCCCAGUCCCCAACUGGGCAGGCCAGGCUGGAAGCCCGGUUCCUGGAGAAUGUGGCAGCUGCAGAAACAGAGAAGCAGGCUGCAUUAGCCCAGGGUCGGGCGGAGGCCCUGGCCGAGGUCAUGCCCGAUGAGAGUGAUGGGCACCCAGAUACCCGGGAAUUCUGGAGCUCCCCAGAGGCAACCUCUGGACCCAGAACACCCCAGAGCCCUACCCACCGAGUCCUGCUCCGGUCGCAGCAAAGCCUUGAGCCAGAGCCCAGGGAGGCCCCGGCCCCACCAACUCUCAGGGUUGAGCCUGUCCAGGAACUCCCAGCCCUUGUCCCCAAGCUCUGCAUUGGGGACUUGGACUUCUCAGAUCUGGGGGAGGACGAGGAUCAGGACAUGCUAAAUGUGGAACCUGUGGAGACCAGUGAAGGGAUCCCACCACCACCACCCCUACUGCCCUCAUUAUCUGGAUGCCCCCCACCUCCUCCACCGCCACCUCCGCCACUCAUCAAAGGCCCCUUCCCACCUCCCCCUCCACCUCCUAUGGCCACUCUUCCCCCCUCAGCACCUGAUGGCCCAGCUUUUCCCACUAAGAGGAAGACUGUGAAACUCUUCUGGCGGGAGUUAAAGUUGGCUGGGGGUCCUGGUGAUACUCAGAGCCGCUUUGGGCCCUGCCCCACCCUUUGGGCCUCCCUGGAGCCUGUCUCGGUGGACACAGCCCGACUGGAGCACCUGUUCGAGUCCCGGGCCAAGGAUGUGCUUCCUUCCAAGAAAACCGGGGAGGGCCGCCGGACAAUGAUCACAGUGCUGGACCCGAAGCGCAGCAAUGCCAUCAACAUUGGCCUGACCACGCUGCCACCUGUGCACGUUAUUAAGGCUGCCCUGCUCAACUUCGAUGAGUUUGCCGUCAGCAAAGACGGCAUUGAGAAGCUCCUAAACAUGAUGCCCACAGAAGAAGAGCGACAGAAGAUUGAGGAGGCCCAGUUGGCCAACCCGGACAUACCUCUGGGCCCUGCUGAGAAUUUUCUGAUGACUCUCACUUCCAUCGGGGGCCUGGCCUCCCGCCUCCAACUCUGGGCCUUCAAGCUGGACUAUGAUGGCAUGGAGCGGGAAAUUGCAGAGCCACUGUUCGACCUCAAAGUGGGUAUGGAACAGCUAGUGCAGAAUGCCACCUUCCGCUGCAUCCUGGCUACUCUGCUGGCUGUGGGCAAUUUCCUCAAUGGCUCCCAGAGCAGCGGCUUUGAACUGAGCUACCUGGAGAAGGUGUCAGAGGUAAAGGACACAGUGCGCCGGCAGUCACUGCUGCACCAUCUCUGCUGCCUGGUGCUUCAGACCCGGCCUGAUUCUUCAGACUUCUACUCAGAAAUCCCUGCCCUGACCCGCUGCGCCAAGGUGGACUUUGAGCAGCUAGAUGAGAACCUGGGGCAGCUGGAGCGCCGGAGCCGGGCUGCUGAGGAGAGUCUUCGGGCCUUGGCCAAGCAUGACCUUCCUUCUGCGUUGCGGAACCGACUCACCCACUUCCUGACCCAGUGUGCUCGCCGGGUUCACAUGCUGAGGGUUGUGCACCGACGUGUCUGCAACAGGUUCCGUGCUUUUCUGCUGUAUCUGGGAUACCCGGCACAGGCAGCCCGUGAGGUGCGUGUCACACAGUUCUGCCACACACUGCGGGAAUUCGCACUGGAAUACCGCACCUGUCGGGAGCGUGUGCUGCAACAGCAGCAGAAGCGGGCCACGUACCGUGAACGCAACAAGACCCGGGGCCGCAUGAUCACUGAGACAGAGAAGUUCUCAAGGGUGACUGGGGAAGUUCCCAGCCACUCAUCCAUCCCUGUGGCUGUGGGCAGUGGGCCAGACCGGGGUGACGCUGAUAGUCAUGCUAGUAUGAAGAGUUUGUUAACCAGCAGGCCAGAAGACACCACACAUGCCCGCCGCAGCAGAGGCAUGGUCCAAAGUGGCUCUCCAGUCACACCCACAGUGCCAGGGCCCUCCACUGCCCCUCCUGAAGAAUCCCCAGGCUCCAGUUUACCCAGUGACACAUCUGAUGAGAUCAUGGACCUACUGGUGCAGUCAGUGACCAAGAGCAGUCCUCGGGCCGUAGCUGCUCGGGAACGCAAGCGAUCCCGUGGCAACCGCAAAUCUUUGAGACGGACGCUGAAAAAUGGGCUUGGAGAAGAGCUGGUGCAGGCAUUGGGGCUGAGCAAGGGCCCUGGCCUGGAAGUGUGAGUGCGCAAUCUUCAGAACCUGACCACAGGUGCAUCUGGUGCUGAUUGACACUAGAGUAAGGGGCACCAGAGGUGAAAUUCUCAGCUCCAGGGCCACUCUUUCCCAUGGACAAUGCCUUGAGCAGUAUUAUUAUGUAUUUGUAUAUAUGUGUGUGUGUGUGUGUGUGCCCGUGCUCAUGUACAGUACAUGUACAGUAGAGCUCCCCAUAUAUGUGGGAUGUAAUAAUAAAGUUUUCUUAACUAAUCCAAACAA